AGAGAAAUCCAAAUCAAAUCAAUAUUUGGUUUGACCAUCUUUUGCCUGCAAAACAGCAUCCAUUCUUUCAGUUGCAGAAAUGGAGCCUCAAACUUGAAAUGAACCUUCACCAUGUUUCACUGUUGCCUGCAGAAACUCAUUAUUGUAUCACUCUCCAGUGCUUUGGCUAAUAACCUGCCGCUUGUUACAGCCAAAUAUUUUAUAUUUUGUCUUCAUCAGUCCAAAGACCUGCUGCUAUUUUCCUGCAGCACAGGCCCUAUGUUUCCAUGCAGUUUAAUCACUUAGCCUUGAUUCCAUGUUUGGCUUUUUUGCAUCAUUCAUCUGAUGUAUUAAGUUUCCUUUGUGGACCACUGCAUCUGAAAUUCUCAGCGUUGCCCAUUUCUAUUGGUUUCUGCCAAAUAGCUUGAAAAAACCCCAGUCUGCUUUGAAAUCUGUGCCUGGGAGAGACCUUGCUGAUGCAGUGUAACUACCUUGUGUCUUGUUGCUGUGCUCAGUCUUGCCAUGGUGUAAGACCUGUGACAUGUACCUGUCUUCUACAACCUCACCUCAGUAGCAGAGUUUGGCUCUUCACCCAGUUUAAAGCCUCAAACACAGCUGCUUGAUUUUUAAAGGUAAUGAAAGUGUUUCAACCUUCAUAUGAAAUUGAUGAUCAUUAAGAACCUGCUUGGUAUAGUUGGUUAAUCCUACACCUGACUCUGAUCCUACAAAUGAUCCAGAUGCUGGUUUGAAGCCAAAGGGUCAUCACACCACAUAUUGAUUUGAUCUCAAAAGAGUUUGAGACUCAUAGUAUUCUUAAUGUGUGACUUAGUGAAUCAGUAUUGAUGUAGUCAUUAAUAAAACUUCAAAGCUUUUUGAAUUUAACUCUGAAUAAAUGCAUCUUCCAAAUUCAGUAAAUGUAAAUAUGUUCUUUAUGUUCUGAAGGGAGAUGAAAUGGUUAACAAAGGAGUGUUCAUAUUGUAACCUCACUGUGUUUUUGCUCAUCCUCUCUUUCUCUCUCUUUCACACACACUUACACACACACACACACACCACACCACACACACACACACACACACACACACACACACACACACACACACACACACACACACACAAACAGGAUGUUUCAGAGAAAACGAAAGAGAUCUCUCUUUCUUUCUCUGAGUUCAGGAAAAUGGCUGAGGCGAGUAUUUCAGUAGAUCAGGACCAGUUCAUCUGUCCAUUGUGUCUGGAUCUCCUGAAGGAUCCGGUGGCUCUCUCCUGUGGUCACAGUUUCUGUAAGGUGUGUAUUAAUAGUCACUGGGAUCAGGAGGAUCAGAAGGAUGUCUACAGCUGUCCUCAGUGCAGAGACACUUUCACCCCAAGGCCUGUUCUACGCAGAAACAACAUGCUGGCUGAAGUGGUGGAGAAACUGAAGAAGACUGAAGUCCAAGCUGCUUCUCCUGCUCACUGUUACGCUGGACCUGGAGAUGUGGAGUGUGAUUUCUGCAUGAGGAGAAAAUACAAAGCCAUCAAGUCCUGUCUUAUGUGUGUGGCUUCAUUUUGUGAAACUCAUCUUAAACCUCAUCUUGAAAUUCCUGCUUUGAAAAAACACACAUUAAUGGAAGCCUCUGGAAAUUUACAAAAGAUCUGCUCUGAACACGACAAGCUAAUUGAGUUCUUCUGUCAUACUGAUCAGAGAUGUAUUUGCUCUUUGUGCCUGUUGGAUAACCAUAAAAGCCAUGACGCUGUAUCAAUUGCAGCAGGAAGAGCCGAGAAACAGAGUGAGAUAAAGGAGCAGCAGAUGGAAUUCCAGCAGAGACUCCAGGAGAAGCAGAAGAAGGUGCAGGAGCUGAAACAGGCUGUGAACACUAUAAAGCUCAAUGCACAGACAGCAGUGGAGGACAAUGAGAUUAUCUUUACUGAGCUGAUCAGCUCCAUGGAGAAAAUGCGCUCGGAGGUGACGGAGAUGAUCAGAGCUCAGGAGAAGGCUGAACUGAGUCGAACUGAACGACUCCUAAAGCAAAUGGAGCAGGAGAUUGAUGAUCUUCAGAGGAGAGUCACUGAGAUGGAGAAGCUUUCACACACACACGAUCACAUCUAUUUCCUCCAGGCUUUAGCUUCUGGACCUCAGUCUCCUCUAUUUAGCCAACCAGAAUUUGACACGUCCAGCAUCAGGGUCCCUCAACAUCUGUCAUUUGAUGGAGUGAAGAAUUCUCUCUCAGAUCUGAAGAAGAGACUGGAGGAUUUCUGUGAGGAAGAAUUCAACAAAAUCCGUCCACAUGCUGCAGGAGUUCAGAUCAUGUCACCACCAGAUCCACAGAAUAGAGAAGAGUUUCUGAAAUAUUUCUGUUCUCUGACUCUGGAUCCCAACACGUCACAUCGUAAACUCAUUCUGUCUGAGAAGAACAGAGCAGUGACUGUAAGUAAGAGAAAACAGCAGUACUCUGAUCAUCCAGAGAGAUUUGACUCCUGGGAACAGGUGUUGUGUAAGGAGAGUGUGUGUGGACGCUGUUAUUGGGAGGUGGAGUGGAGCGGUGUGGGUGUGUCCAUAUCAGUCUCAUAUAAAGACAUCGGGAGGAAAGGAUGGACUGAGUGUGGGUUUGGACACUGCAAACAGUCCUGGAGUCUGUGCUGUUCUUCUUCUCUCUCUUUCUAUCACAACAACAUUAAGACUGAUCUCAGAGUUCCAUCAUCCCCCAGAAUAGGAGUGUAUGUGGACCACAGUGCAGGAACUCUGUCCUUCUACAGUGUCUCUGACACCAUGAAGCUCCUCCACAAAGUCCACACCACAUUCACUCAGCCUCUAUACGCUGGGUUCAGGCUUGAUUGGUGGUCUGGUUCUCCAUCUGUGAGAUUGUGUGAUCUAAAAUAAUGUGUGUAGUGUUUUGUGUAACAUUCCUCCACAUUACCACAUUGUUACACCAUCAUCUGUUUAACACACAAUCCAGCUGCACAAAAAAAAGAUUUUCAUUGGAAAUUAAAACAGAUUCAUCCUGGAUGAUGAACCAUAUCAGACCACAGAAGAACGGUGUGACCUGUAUGUCAGUGUCAGUCUCAUAUAAAGAGAUCAGAAGGAAAGGAAGUCGUAAUGAAUGUGGGUUUAAUUUAACACAAACUGAUGCUGAUUGUAGAAUAAAUAGUUUUGUGGCACUGUACUGAAGACUGUAAAGUAACUGAAGAGUUUUAUUUAACUUCUGAAAUCAACUGCAUUAAGAAUAUUUAUCUAUUUAAUAAUUAUGGUGAUUAAAGUGAAAUUAUAUUAGAAAGGUGUCUAUGAUCAGUGGAAAAUUUGCCCGAGCAUUUCUCUUUCGGACCACCAGAGGGCGCGCAAACAUCACUUUUAAACACUUUACCUCACUAAUUUCCUGUUAGUCCUAACAAUAUAAUAAUAAUAAUAAUAAUAAUAAUAAUAAUAAUAAUAAUAAUAAUAAUAAUAAUAAUAAUAAUAAUAAUAAUAAUAAUAAUAAU